UGUUUACAAAAAAAAAUCUGAGAGCCCCUAAAAUCUUUUCUCUAAUCCAAAAGAGCAGAAAGAACACGUAGUGGAAUUUGGUCCGUGUAUGCAACGAGGGACAUAGGGACGCACACGAAGCUUUUAUUUAUAUUUACUCACUCGCUCUUUCUAACUCCAAAUUCCAAUUCUGUUCUUUUAGAUUUUUUUCUCUUUCUAUCUAGAAAAAAAGUGUGUGUAGUAGAUCAAAUUCUCAAUGUCUGGUGGUGAAGCAUUGUUCAGUACGGAAGGGCUUGAUGAAGUGGAAGACUACAUUUGGGCGAAUGACAAAGAGGGAUCAGCGGGUUGGGACACAUUUGGUUAUGUUAAUGAAUUUGUGCAGAGUGGAAACCAAGCAUUUCGAGACAAUAAAUUGGAAGAGGCAAUCACUUGUUACUCAAGAGCCAAUAACAUCAAAGCAGGUGAUCCUGUUAUCCUCGGCAACCGAAGUACUGCUUAUAUCAGGAUUAGCCAAUUCUUGAAACACAGACCUCCAACAACUUCUGAAUAUAGACCAUUGAAUGGGCUGGAUCCUACAACACAUGCUGAGCUUGCUUUGAAGGAUGCUGAGAAGCUAAAUAGCAUCCGAAAGGAUUCGGUAAAAUCAUACAUUCUAAGGGCCAAUGCUCUCAUAUUGUUGGAGAAGUAUGACAUUGCCCGGGAUGUUAUUCUUUCAGGUCUUCAGAUUGACCCUUUUAGCAAUCCUCUUCGUGCUUCUCUUCAGAAUUUGGAGAGAACAUCAGCCAGUUUAAUUGGGAGGAGAGAAACAUGUAGCAAUCAUCUUCAUGCUUCUCUUCAGGAAUUGGGGGAAAUAUCAACCAGUUCAAUUGAGAGGAAAAGCCAUGGUAGACCGGAACGGACUGAUGACUUCGAUUGUACGCUAUGCCUGAAGUUAUUAUAUGAACCCAUUACGACUCCUUGUGGGCAUUCUUUUUGCCGCUCAUGUCUAUUUCAGUCCAUGGAUCGUGGUAACAAAUGUCCAUUGUGCCGAACCGUUCUUUUUAUUAGUCCUAGAACAUGUGCAAUCAGUGUGACACUUAACAACAUUAUACAAAAGAACUUCCCAGAGGAAUAUGCAGAAAGGAUUACAGAGCAUGAAAGUUUGACAAACCUUGGUGUUGAUUUGAUCCCUCUUUUUGUCAUGGAUGUCGUCAUUCCUUGUCAAAGGUUUCCUCUCCACAUAUUUGAACCCCGGUACAGGCUUAUGGUGAGGAGGAUAAUGGAAGGAAACCAUCGGAUGGGAAUGGUUAUGAUUGAUUCUACAACAGGUUCCAUAGCCGACUUUGGUUGUGAAGUAGAGAUUACCGAGUGUGAGCCACUUCCAGAUGGACGUUUCUAUCUAGAGAUUGAAAGUCGACGAAGAUUUCGCAUCAUCCGAUCUUGGGAUCAAGAUGGUUAUCGUGUUGCGGAGGUUGAUUGGGUGAAAGAUAUUCCACCAGAAGGAACAAGAGAAAGAGCAGAGUUGCAGGAAUCGACAAAUAAUGCAGCAGAAUUUGCUCAGUCAUGGAUAAGGCGACAAAGAGAAGCAGCACGACAAGAUCCAAGAAGACUUGAGAAACUCCUUAACUUUGAAGCAAUGAAACCUACACCGCAAGAUCCUGAGCGCUUCAGUUUCUGGCUUGCUACCCUGUCAAAUCGGAGGCCUCAUGAAAAAUUGGAACUCCUGCGCAUUAGAGACACUAGAGAGAGGAUCAAACGCGGACUAAUAUAUCUUAGAGCAUAAGAACAGAGCUGUCGGGUGCGGUGAGGAAAGUUGUAAUAGAUUCAAUGCUUCAAUAUUGUGAUUAAUCAUCAGUAAAUUAAAUUCAUUUACAAGUGAUUCAAAGUUGUGAUUGGUUAUCAGUAAAUUAAAUUCAUUUACAAGUGAUUCAAUAUUCUUUGGUCCACAUACUAUAGAUUGUGGAUCCCUAUUUCAUUGUAACCGAAUUAUAGCUCAAAUUCAAUAAUAUUAACAAACAGUUUUUUCUACA